AUGGAACAUUAUCAGACCACAACGCAGUCGCUAUCUCGAAUCGAUCUUGAAGCUUCCUAUCAAGCAUUUGUUCGAGGUCAAGUUGGUCAACAACAAUAUUCUCGUGAUGAAGUUGAACAAUUUGUACGAAAUAGUUCUGAUAUAGAUGCAGCUGAACGUUAUUUCGAUUCAGGACAUGAUAUCAUAGGAAAUUCUCUUCAGUCUCAUUUAUUAUUUCAUUCAUCAAAACUUAAUGAACAACGAGCAAAUUUAUUAAAAUCAAGACGUUCUAAUAGAAGUUUAAAACAAUUAAAUGAUAAUUUUAGUUUACAACAAUUUUUUCCAGAACAAUUUACUACUCAUUUACAAUAUCCAUUUAAACAAAAGGAAAUAUUUGAUAAUAAACAAACGAAAUUUUCUCGUCCACAUUCAAUGCAUGUUGAACAUAAAGAAAAAAAAUAUUGUAUUAAAUUUAUAAAAGAUUCAAAUAAUCUUCCAUAUCUUCCUAAACCUUCACAUCGUUCAACAAAUAAUCGUCGUUUAUUUAUCGUAGAAAAAAAGAAUAUUGAAUCAUUAUUUGAUGCAGAAAUUUCAACAGAACACGGUCUUUCAACAACAUCAAAUACAUCAAAUAUACAUCGUGAAACCUUUCCACCACUAUCCCUAUCUGCUUUAAGAGAAUAUCGACCAACUUUAACACCGAAAUCAGCAGCAACAUCAAAAACUGAUACUCAACAACAAAAACAACAUCGAAAAACACUGCAAAAAACAGAUUUUAUAUGGGAACAAUCUAUUGUUUCACCAAGACAUGAAUGA